GAAAAAGCCUCUGGUACCUUCUAGUCUGGCAAAAUGCAGCACAAAACUCAACUUACUCUGUCCUUUCUGCUGUCCCAGGUUCUGCUGCUUGCAUGUGCAGAAGAUUUAGAAUGUGUCCCUGGAUUCCAGCAAAAGGUUUUUUAUAUUGAACAGCCAUUUGAAUUCACAGAGGACCAGCCAGUCCUGAACCUGGAAUUUGAUGACUGCAAGGGGAAUAACAAAUUGAACUUCGAAGUUUCUAACCCAGACUUUAAGGUGGAACGCGACGGGGCUUUAGUUGCGCUAAAGAAUGUAUCAGAAGCUAUCAGAGCCUUGUUUGUCCAUGCGCGGUCUGAGCAUGCUGAAGAUAUGGCAGAAAUUUUGAUGGUUGGAGCAAAUGAAAAACAUGGUGCAUUAAAGGAAAUCUUUAAGAUAGAAGGCAACCUUGGAAUUCCAAGACAAAAAAGGGCUAUUUUGGCAACUCCAAUAUUAAUUCCUGAAAAUCAAAGACCACCAUUCCCCAGAUCUGUUGGCAAGGUAAGUCAACAAAGAACUGGAUCAAAUUUUGAUAUUAAGUAA